UAAAUGAUAAAAUGUCGCACUGUUUUGGUAUCGUCUCGAUAUAAAGGAAAUCAUUUUUCAUAAUUUACUCAUGACUAUUUCGUUUAAUAUAAAUUGUUGCACAUAUGAGAUAAGAUACUCUAGAAUUCUAAUUAACAGACAUGAAUACUACGGCACCAACUUCGGCAGAUGCCUGCCUGAGUAUAGUACACUCGCUAAUGUGCCACCGGCAAGGUGGUGAGAGUGAAGGGUUUUCAAAACGCGCCAUAGAAUCUCUCGUGAAGAAGUUGAAAGAGAAGAGAGAUGAACUGGAUUCAUUAAUAACUGCAAUUACAACAAAUGGUGCACAUCCAAGUAAAUGUGUAACAAUACAACGCACAUUAGAUGGUCGAUUGCAGGUUGCUGGUAGAAAAGGUUUUCCACAUGUGAUCUAUGCAAGGAUUUGGCGCUGGCCAGAUCUACAUAAAAAUGAAUUAAAACAUGUGAAAUUUUGCCAGUUUGCAUUUGAUUUAAAGUGUGACUCAGUCUGCGUCAACCCUUACCACUAUGAGAGAGUCGUGUCUCCUGGAAUUGAUUUAUCCAAUCUCACACUUCAAUCUGGACCAAGUAGGUUGGUUAAAGAUGAAUAUACAGCAGGCAUUGGUGGUAAUGGUAUGGAUAUGGACACAGGCGAACUUGUAACAAUACAGCAUCAUGCCACCAGCCCCAGACACCCCCACUCAACUAUAGCUCACCACCAUCAGCAAUUUCAACCCACUAAUAUUAUUAUUAACCAGGGUCAAACGCCUGAUGGCGUUCCCAACAUGUUUUCGCCGCAUGGACCUCGCCCGCCAUUACGUCCUGGGGCGCCCCUUGCCCCACCACAGAUGGGCCAUUCGCCUGGCACUCAAAUGAUGAAUCACCCUAAUAGUCAAAUGGCCCAGAUGGGACCAGGAACUCCUCAAAUGGGUAGAACGACACCGCAAAUGGCUCAAAUGGGUCCUGGUACACCACAGAUGGGGCCAGGUACGCCCCAAAUGGGGCCGGGAACCCCACAAAUGGGGCCAGGAACACCUCAAAUGGGGCCCGGAACACCACAAAUGGGGCCAGGAACACCUCAGAUGGGGCCAGGCACGCCACAAAUGGGGACAAAUGUGCCACAAAUGGCAUCACCCAGAAUGGCUUCAGCACCCAACCAAAUGUCUCCAGGGACUCCCCAAAUGCCGAAUAUAAGUCAAGGAAUGUCUAUUCAGAAUUCACAAAUGGUAAUGGCACAGCAAAGGGCGAUCGCCCCGAAAUUAGAGCCACCUGAUACUAUGGAUGCGCGUACAAUGUGGAGAAUGAAUCAUUCGGCUAUGCCAGUUAGUAUGUCGCCAGGUGGCACAACUCCCAUAAUCGAUGGGACAAACAAUACUUUCUUUACCGCAGAACAGACAACUGCCGACAACACGCAAUUGACGCAAACAUUGCCAGUGGGUACAGUACCCGUUUCCACUGUAACGUCGGUGGCCGUAACAGCCGGCUCACCGCCUGAGCCGCAGCAGAACGGCUUCGCGCCGACCAGCCCGCCGCAGCAGAGCCCGCUGCCGCAUCGCACGCAGCAUCAGCAGGGUACGUGGACGGGCAACAACACGCUGACGUACACGCAGAGCCUGGCGCCGCCCCCCGCCGCGCCGCCUGUAGAUGCGCCUGCGCAUCACCAUCAUUAUUACAAUGGCAACCCCGGUGGUCUGCUGUCAAGCCAGCCAGCGCCGGAGUACUGGUGCUCGGUCGCAUACUUCGAGCUGGACACGCAAGUCGGCGAAACGUUCAAGGUGCCGUCCAGCCGACCCAAUGUUACUGUUGAUGGUUACGUAGAUCCAUCCGGUGGUAACAGAUUUUGUUUGGGUGCUUUAAGUAAUGUCCACAGAACAGAGCAGAGUGAGCGAGCAAGGCUCCACAUCGGCAAGGGCGUGCAGCUGGACCUGCGCGGCGAGGGCGACGUGUGGCUGCGCUGCCUGUCCGACCACUCGGUGUUCGUGCAGUCCUACUACCUCGACCGGGAGGCUGGCCGCGCGCCCGGCGACGCCGUGCACAAGAUAUACCCGUCUGCUUGCAUUAAGGUGUUCGACCUGCGGCAGUGCCACCGGCAGAUGCAGACGCAAGCGGCGACGGCGCAGGCGGCCGCCGCGGCGCAGGCCGCCGCCGUCGCCGGACACAUACAGCCCGCGCACCCCGGCAUGAACAAGUGUCUCUCAGCAGCGGCCGGUAUAGGGGUGGACGACUUGCGAAGGCUGUGCAUAGUGCGGCUGUCGUUCGUCAAGGGCUGGGGGCCGGAUUACCCGCGGAGUUCUAUCAAGGAGACACCUUGCUGGGUUGAGGUGCAUCUGCAUAGAGCGCUGCAGCUGUUGGACGAGGUGUUGCACACGAUGCCCAUCGACGGACCGCGGACGAACAUCGAGUAGGAGUUGAUCGGCUUCUUUUGAGGCCUUCGAGCGACCACGCGCCACUCAUCGCUCACGUGUCGCUAGUUGCAAAUAGACUGUCGUUUGCGUGUCGUUUGCGGUCCCGUGGUACGGGGGAUUGUCUUGUCUUGUGUCCUAUUAGUGAAGUUUAAAAAUACUUCUUUUUGGUCGGCUUUUGAUUUUUUAUUUUCAGUAGAGAUUAUCUCCUUGUACUGACUUUGAAAUUUUGACAUAUACAUAAAUAGAAAGUAUUUUAAAAUACGAAAGAAUAGCUGAUGUAUCUAUAAUUAUUAUAAUGCAACAGAGUUAUUAUUGUCACUUUUAAACGUAAUAAUAUUUUGUGACUAGCUUUGUACCACGAGAUCGAUAUGAAAAUAACCACACUUAACUCAAUAAUUAGGAAAUAAAACAAGCUAACAACGUGAUGAACCCGCAUUUUUAACGAGAUAAUAACGAUUACAUAAGUGCAGUGUCAUAUAUAUGUGAGUGGCGAGACAAUUGUGGUAAUGAGACUUAAAUGUGCACGUUUGUUUAGUGCGUCGGUUGGUGUAUAGUGAAUGGUUUAGUGCAGAAUUUAGUGUUUUUGUUGCCAUAUAGAAAAAAAGUGCAAAAAUUAUGUAUUUCUUUUUUAUUUCGUUUUAGGUCUUCCGGAAAAAGUCUAUUUUCGUCUUCCUUUGCUAAAUUGUUGAUUUUGUUUUAAAUGGUCUGCCCAAGGUAUAGAUGUAAUGUUGGAACAAAUGUUGCACAUUAAAACGCAUCGCUCGCGUUUUAAUAAAAAAGGUGAACUAAAAGUAUGUCUUGUGUAUUGUGUAAGAUAGGACAAUAUUGUAGUAGUUACAUAGAUUACAUAGAUGUAUUUAACAGUAUUUCUUCUGAACAAACUAAAGAACAUUCAAAGGGAUCUCAGUAUAAUAUUUUUCACAAAACAAAUGGAUUAUUACUAUUAAUUGUAAGAUAGUUUUAUGCGUAACGAACUGUCCAUUUUUGCUCAAAUGAGGGUACACUCGGAACUUGGGAGCGCAUUUUUAUUAUAUGUUAGGACAUAUAAAAUGGUACUCAUAAACAUCACACUUUAAAUUGUACAAAUAUCUAUAUCAAAUCACUAGUUAUUACCAUUAACAAAAAAUUGAAUUUUAUUUCAUCUAUUUGAAUAUGUUUAUUUUUACAAUUAAUUAAGUGAGUGCUAAAUAUGUUUCCGCGUACUAUAAAUAUGCGCUCUUUCGAUGAAGGCUCCAAGGACUAAGUUCGGGUUUUGUGCGAUAAGAAUAUAAGUAUAGUAUUUCAAUUUAACCGAGGCGCUAUCUACUGUUGUAAAUGUACAGAAUAGUUCAUAUAUAGGCAAUAGGCAUUCAUGUUAAUUUAUGAGCAAUGUAAAAUAUAUGCACUAUCUUUUGUUGUUUUAACGUCAAACUAUGUAUUUGCAUUUUGUAGUAUUUUGGUCUCCAUCUAUCGUCAAAUUGAAAUACUAUAACAGUCUCAGAACGGUAAAUAAAGCAAUAGAAGUUGUGCUAAAUAGUAGUGUAAUUUUAGGAUGUCUUCUUUUCAUGCAGGAUAGUGGAAAGAGUUAGAAAGAGACAACUUUAUAUGCUAUAAUACAUUAUAAAAGAUGGUAUAAAAUUAAAAGCCGAUUAAUUAUUUGUUAUUGUUCUACUUAAUGUAAAAACAAGUACAUAAUGCACUUUUCACUAUUAGCUUAUACUAGGCAACCGGCGAUCUUUCAUAUAGACGUCUCUUUCUCGUCCAUAUUCAGUCCCAAAAGCAAAAAUAGUACAAACUCAAUUUUAGUUCAGCUCCUUACGCUUUAGUUAUUAUUUUGAGAUGACAGCGAUACCAAAAUAAGGCAUUUUUUUAAUGUAGUAUAAAUAUGACAAGACAUAGUUGUGGUUCAACUUGAAAGAAGCCAAACGGGAAUUAUAGUAGAUGUAAGAUAAUAAUUGUAAUAAGUUAUAAUUACGCAGUAAUUUAUAGUCAUAGGUGUUUUUACGUGAGACAUGUUGUGAAGGCUGUAUUUUGUUAGCUAGAUGUGCCUGUACUGUGGUGUUGGGUGAAUUAUGCACGAAUUCUCAGCAGUUGAUACAUUCAAUGAACAGUUUUGUAUGGAUGUAUAUCAUGGUGAUUUUUUUUAUGUGACACUUGCUAAGACCAAUUGUAGCAGACUGCCAAUUAACUCCACCAACUGCCAGUUAUGGAGUAAAUUGUAAAUGUAAUUGCAAUGAUAAUGUAAUUAUUUGAAAGAAAAACGUCUCGUUUUUGGAAAAGGUACAGAUUAAAAAAGAGAAAAGCCAUGAGUAAAUCUGUUUUUAAUGUGUUUAAAAGAGUCCCACGAUAGCAAAAGUCGUAAUUUACCCAACAUCAAUGAAUUGUUUAAAAAACUGUGAUGCGCUAACAAAAUUGUGUUAAGAUAGGAUUUGUGCUCGAUGAAUGAACAAGGAAUUAAGGAUAUUGUAUACUUUAGCGUAUGCCAGAGUGAUGUAUUUUGUGUAUGAGUCGUUUUAUUAUUAUAGAAGAUGUAUGUCGUGUUUUCACUUUAAUAUUUGAGAUUUAUUUCGUUUGCUUCGAAUUUGCUUUAAUUUUAUUACGUGCAGAUUUUUUGAUGUGUUAAACGAGUAUAUUUGAAUGUUUGUGUUUUUUUUUUAUUGAUAUAGUUUUUUUUAUUACGUAACACACGUGUUACCUCUAUGGCUUUUUCGACGGCAGUAUACGUUGUUCACAUGCACAGCUUUUAAGCAUAGACAUCACAAUUUUAUUCUAAUUAUUUAUGGUUGCAUUUUUUAUGGUUAUUUUUCAAUAUUUGUUACCAAAUUCAACACGAGGUUGUAAAUAGUACAAGUUGCGAAAAUAUAUUUAAAUGCGUGUCGGUUUGAAUGAUAUAAAUUAUUAAUUGGUAGGUACUUAUAUUAUAAUCGUAAUGUAUAAAUGAAACUUAAAUUGACAACGUAUCGGAAAUACCUCUUCACAGUGAUCAAAUCGAUUCAAAGGGUUUUAGAUGUUAAGUGGUGAUUUUUUAACGAUGUUAAUGUUUUGAAUAAAAGAUUUUUCAAAUUCUACAUACCACAGUUAUCGUGUACCGUCUAGUACUGUUUUGAUGUUCUCAUAAAUUGUUCGGAACCAUUUUGACAGUUGUUUAAGGUAUAGAUUAUAAAUAAAAGUUGAAGAGUAAUAUUGUUGAUUAUAACAUCUGUAAGUACAAGAAUAGUGUUUACGUAAUAUUUGCAACAUUUUUUAUAUUUAGUCGUUGCUAUGAAAAGUUUUGUCAGUCAAGGAUUAUAUGAACGCAUGUUUAUUUUAAAAAGAUACGAAUAUACAAUAAAAUUGUGUGUUUUUUUUAAUUGGAUAUUUAAUUUUUAGAUAUUUUAAAAAUUAUGUUAAUGUUUUGCUUGUGGACCACUUUUGAAGUCAUUUUCUAUUGUCUAUGGUUUUAUAAAUCAGUGACAUUUUGUAUAAUUUUACUCAUAUUGACAUUUUCAAUGCCGUACACGGUGUAACGUAGCCUUAAGCGCAUAGUUUAAGAGUGAAACUGAACAGAAAUGAAUAUAAAGGUUAUUCCUCUAAA